AGCCUCCAGCUUCUCGCGAGACGCUUCAUUCGCACGCUCGCUGCCAGGGUCGGAGGUCAGAGCGAGCCUUUCGGGGACCACAGGAGGAAGAUGGCGGUGGAAUCGCGCGUCACCCAGGAGGAAAUUAAGAAGGAGCCGGAGAAGCCAAUCGACCGGGAGAAGACGUGCCCGCUGCUGCUGCGCGUCUUCACCACCAACAACGGGCGCCACCACCGCAUGGACGAGUUUUCCCGCGGGAACGUGCCGUCCAGCGAGCUGCAGAUCUACACCUGGAUGGAUGCAACCUUGAAAGAACUGACUAGUUUAGUAAAAGAAGUCUACCCAGAAGCUAGAAAGAAGGGCACACACUUCAACUUUGCAAUUGUUUUUACCGAUAUUAAAAGACCUGGUUAUCGGGUGAAGGAGAUUGGCAGCACCAUGUCUGGGAGAAAGGGGACUGAUGAUUCCAUGACCCUGCAGUCCCAGAAGUUUCAGAUAGGAGAUUAUCUGGACAUAGCAAUCACCCCUCCGAAUCGGGCACCACCUCCUUCAGGGCGCAUGAGGCCCUAUUAAAUUUUAUUGACCAUU